CUUGUCUUGGAGUAUUUUCUUUCUGGACUGGACUUUUCUGCCACCAUGGGUGACGUGAAAGAAUCUGAUAAACUUAUUUUUUUUGUGAAUGGCAGAAAGAUAACCGAAGCUAAGGCUGACCCUGAAGUAAUGUUGAUCUCCUACCUUCGCAAGACAUACAUUAUUCUGUUAAUGCCUGUCUGGUGCCCAUCUGCUCUCUGCAUGGCAUGGCAGUCACAACAGUUGAAGGGAUUGGCAGCACAUCCACAAGAUUACAUCCAGUACAGGAACCAUCCAGAACCUACUUUGGAGCAAAUAUAUGAUACUUUGGGAGGUAAUUUAUGCCGCUGCACUGGAUACAGACCAAUAGUGGAUGGAUGUAAGAGCUUCUGUAAGGAGGAAAACUGCUGCCAGCUACAAGAAAACAUACCAAACCUGCCAGGAAUGGAGCCUCAGAAUAGUAAUAUCUCUACACAGCUGUUUAACAAAGAAAAGUUUUCGCCAUUGGAUCCAUCCCAGGAACUGAUAUUUCCACCAGACUUAAUUUUGAUGGCAAAGCAACACAAACCAAAAACUUUGAUUUUUCAUGGAGAGAGAAUCAAGUGGAUAACACCUCAUAGCCUGGAAGAACUUUUGGCGUUAAAAGUCCAAUAUCCUGAUGCUCCUCUUUUAGUAGGAAAUACAAGCAUUGGUCUUCAAAUGAAAAUGGAAGGUAUUAUUUACCCAGUCAUUUUAUCAGUCAGUAGAAUUGAAGAUCUUAAUGUUGUGAAAUACACAAAUGAUGGAAUAUCUGUGGGAGCUGCUUGCAGUCUAUCAGUGCUGCGGGAUACCCUAAACAAAGCUGUCUUGGAGCAUCCAGAGGAGAAGACCAAGACAUUUUGUGCACUGCUCCAGCAGCUGAAAACUCUGGCUGGAAGACAGAUAAAGAACAUGGCUUCUUUAGGUGGACAUGUUAUUAUCAAGGAUUCCCUCUCUGAUCUGAAUCCUGUUUUAGCAGCAGCCAACUCGUCUCUACAUGUUCUAUCAAAAGCUGGAGCAAGAGAGAUUCACUGCAAUGAGGCCUACUUUGAAAGUAUAGAACAUGCAUCACUCCUGCCUGAAGAGGUGUUGAUUUCUGUGUUGAUUCCAUUUUCACAAAAGUGGGAGGUUGUGUCAGCCUUCAGACAGGCACAGAGGAAGGUUAACGCUGCCCCCAUAGUGGUGACUGGAAUGAGAGUUCUUUUCCAGGAGAAUACAGAUAUCAUCAAGGACUUAAACAUAUUCUUUGGAGGCAUACAGAAAAGUACACUAUGUGCAAAGAAAACCAGAAUGGGAGUUAUUGGAAGGCACUGGGAUGACGAGAUGCUGAGUGAAGCUUGUAGAUUAAUUCUGGAUGAGAUUACCCUGCCACCCACAGCUCAGGGAGGGAUGGUAGAAUACCGUCGGACACUCACCAUCAGCUUCUUCUUGAAAUUUUACUUACAGGUUUUACAAGUACUGAUAUCAUGGAAUAUCCGUGACAUGGAACCAUCAGUGAGUGGUGCUGUUUCAAAAGAGAACCUCAGUGCCAAAGGAAGCAAUAUACAGAGAUAUCAGGAUGUUUCUGCUGAUCAGUCCCAUCAGGAUACCGUUGGUCGACCAAUUAUGCACCAGGCAGCUAUAAAACAAGUGUCUGGGGAGGCUGAGUACUGUGACGAUAUGCCUGCCAUAGAUGGAGAACUCUUUAUGGCACUAGUGACCAGCUCACGGGCUCAUGCAAAGAUCCUUUCUAUGGACCUGACAGAAGCCAAGAAUAUGCCUGGUGUCUGCGACGUGAUAACUGCAAAAGAUAUUCCUGAAACCAAUGACUUCUAUUAUUUCAACUGGCCAGAGCAACUGAUGGCAGAUGAUAAGGUUCUCUGUGUUGGAUACAUCAUUUGUGCUGUAGUAGCUGAUACCCAAGAACAUGCAAAGCAAGCAGCUAAAAAAGUAAAAGUCAUCUACCAAGAUAUAGAGCCAACCAUUCUAACUAUUGAGGAUGCAAUAAGACAUAAAUCCUUCUUUGAAACAGAGCGGAAAUUACACCAUGGAAAUAUUGACAAGGGAUUUAAAACAGCAGAUCACAUUCUUGAAGGGGAGAUUUACAUAGGGGGACAAGAGCAUUUUUACAUGGAGACACAAAGCAUUCGAGUUGUGCCAAGCAAAGAAGACAAGGAAAUGCAUAUUUAUGCAGCAUCCCAAGAUCCAUCUUACAUGCAGGGCCUUGUUGCAUCAACAUUGAACAUUCCCUCCAAUAGGGUCAACUGCCAUGUCAAAAGAAUUGGUGGGGCAUUCGGGGGCAAAAUUACAAAAACUGCUUUCAUUGCAGCAAUAACAGCUGUGGCUGCUAGGAAAACCAAACAAGCUAUACGCUGUGUGCUGGAAAGGGAUGAAGAUAUGUUAAUUACUGCUGGGCGACACCCUUAUCUUGGAAAAUAUAAAGUGGGCUUCACAAAUGAUGGAAGAAUCACAGCAGCAGAUGUCACUUACUAUAGUAAUGCCGGCUGCUCUGUGACUGAGUCAGUCUUUAUCAUGGAGGCUUCUGUGCUACAGAUUAAUAAUGCCUACAAUAUCCCUAAUCUGAGAUGCCAGGGAAUAGUUUGCAAAACAAAUUUACCAUCAAAUGUCUCCUUUCGGGGGUUUGGCUUUCCUCAGUGUGCUCUGGUUACAGAAGUUUGGAUUGAGGAAGUUGCUGUCAAAUGCAAUUUGCCAACACAUAAGGUCAAAGAGAUCAACAUGUAUCGGGGGAAUAUUGUGGCUCCUUACAAACAGGAGUUCGACACAACCAAUUUGCUAAAAUGCUGGGAGGAGUGUUUGGAAAGUUCUGAAUACCAUGCCAGGAGACAAUCAGUUGCACAGUUUAACCAACAAAAUCAAUGGGCUAAAAGAGGCAUAUCCAUUAUUCCUAUGAAGUUCCCAGUUUCUUUUACUAAGUCAAUAGAAAAUCAGGCUGCUGCUUUGGUUCAUAUUUAUAUUGAUGGGUCAGUGCUAGUGUCUCAUGGAGGUACUGAAAUGGGGCAAGGUAUCCACACCAAGAUAAUGCAGAUUGCAAGCCGUGAAUUAGGCAUUCCAAUAACCUACAUCCACAUCAGCGAAACCAGCACAUCCUCUGUCCCCAACACCAUUGCUUCAGCUGCUACCGUUGGAACUGAUGUGAAUGGAAUGGCAGUCAAGGAUGCCUGUGAGAAACUUCGGAAACGCCUUAAACCUAUUGUUAGCAGAAAUCCUUCGGGUACCUGGGAGAGCUGGAUAAAGGAAGCUUUUCUCCAAAGAAUCAGUCUUUCUGCCACUGGAUAUUUCAGAGGUUAUGAGACAUAUAUGGACUGGGAGAAAGGAGAAGGCCAUCCCUAUCAGUACUGUGUUUUUGGAACUGCCUGUUCAGAAGUGGAAGUAGACUGUCUAAGUGGAGAUUAUACGAAUAUCAGAACAGAUAUUGUUAUGGACAUUGGUAGCAGUAUAAAUCCUGCCGUGGAUUUGGGUCAGAUUGAAGGAGCAUUUGUUCAAGGCAUUGGUCUUUUCACAAUGGAGGAACUGAAAUACUCUCCAGAAGGAGUCCUGUAUACUCGAGGACCAGGACAAUAUAAGAUCCCGUCAGUAUGUGAUAUUCCCAAACAAUUCCAUGUAUCAGUGCUUCCUUCAUCACAUAACCCACAUGCUAUCUACUCAUCCAAGGGAGUUGGGGAGCCUGGUAUCUUUUUGGGGUCCUCUGUGUAUUUUGCUAUAAAGGAUGCAAUGUUAUCGGCCCGAAGAGACAGGGGAUUGUCUGACAUUUUUACACUAAACAGCCCAGCAACCCCAGAGAAGAUUCGGAUGGGGUGUGGGGACAGCUUCACAGACAUGAUUCCUAAAGACAAUCCAGAGUUAUUUAUCCCAUGGGCUAUUAAUGUGUAGGUAGUCCUGAGGCACAUGGAUUGAUAGCAGAAAUUGCUGUGCAUCAGAAGAGCUCAAAGAAGAUAACAAAUGUGAAAUAUGGAUGACCUUAACGAUAUAGAAGUUUAAAUAUUUCCACUAUUUCAGUUUAUUAAGCAAAACAUUUAACAUUAAAAAUGGUAGCAAAACUAAUAAUACAGCAGUCUAUAGUUAGUUCUUUUGACCAGAGCCCUCUGGUCUCUACACUUGGUUUGUUGUUUUUUGUUUCUGCUACCCCCCAAUGUAUUGUACCUCACAAAUGAUUUAUUCAAUAUACAGUACACAUAGAAUAUAAGGCUGAUUAGUAAUUCAUACAGAUAAUUACUACAUGGCAGCACAGACACCAGUGCAACUAACAUUAGAAUUUAAUAAUCAGCCUUAUAGCAUCAGCUUAUAUUACAGGCCACCCUCAUUUUCUGCUUGAAAAUUUGCGACAACCUAAGUUUAGCUUCUCAACAGCUGCUUAAAUCACACCGAGCAUGCGAGUGUCCCAGACACUUUCCAGACUCCCUGUUACAAGUCUGAAGUCCUGGAUCAUUGCUGCUAUUGAGAAGCUGAAACUUUAGGCUGGUGCAAUAAGUUGUGUAUAAAAUAUGGCAUUUUUAGCCAUAUUCAUUUUUAGGGUUUAGUUCUCCUUUGAGUCUACUAGAAAAUCAUGUUAACAUUAAAUAAACCCAAUAGGCUGGUUUUGCUUCCAAUAAGAAUUAAUAUAUAAUUACAUUUUUAAUUUUUAAAAAUUUGAAUUAAACGGAGUCUAUGGGA